AUGGUUCAAGAUUGGAUAGAUAAAAAGCCAACAGCUCAUAAUUGGAAAGCAUUUUUCAAUUCUAUAAUUCAAAUGCAUGACAAUGAACAACAAGAAGCAUCUUCAGCCGCCAUCACUAAGACAGUAGCAACUAAUAAUAAUGAUCGAGAAGAACAAUGGGAAGAACAACUUCGUUUGGCUCUGCGUGAAGGAGGUUUAUUUCUUUGUGAUGUUAAUAAUGAUGAAUCAUUAGUUUCUUUUGAUUUUGAUCCACCUCCCCAAUUUGAUAUGAUCUAUUCUAGCCUUUGUCUGGAAGUCUGUAAAACAGUUGAACAUUUUAAGCAAACAAUAAAACGUCUGGAACGUUUGUUGAAACCUGGUGGCUUGCUGUUAGUUAAUGGUGUAACAAAUAAGAGCUAUUAUCAUGUUGGAAAUAAAAUAAUUUAUUCCUUAUCAAUCAGUGCAAAACAAGUUAGUCAAGCUUUUGAAGAUGCUGGUAUAACGGACAAUUUAAAAUUCAUAUCUAAACCUCGAAAACCAAAUCUAAAAUGUGAUGAUUGCGAGGGUUUAUACACAAUUUUUGCUUUUAAACCUUCUAAAUAA